ACACCAUCACUCAAUCAUUCUCUCAUCCAACCAACCGGCAAGCCUUUCAAAAUUCUUUUCGCGGUCCCCUUAGCCACAGUCAAAAUGCACGCCAUCAAGACCAUCGCUCUAGCCUUUGCCGCCUUCGCUGCCUCUGCGGCAGCUGCCCCUACCAAGACCACUGGCUCCAAGAGCCCUACCGUUCAGCAGGCCGUCGCUCAGUGCUCUGGAAACAACAACGGCCGAAACCAGAUUUCUUGCUGCAACUCUGCCUCCAAGCAAGCCCAGAAGGGCGCCGGCCUCGUCGGUAACCUCGUUGGCAACGUCGACAUUCUCGGCGGCAACUGCUCGCCGCUCUCCAUCCCAGUCGCGGUUCUUGGGGGCGCCGCCUCGGUUCCCAUCACCGAGUUCUGCAACCAGAACCAGCAGGCCGCCUGCUGUUCCGGCGACCAGAACGGCCUCAUCAACGUCGACGUUUCUUGCAUUCCCAUUAUUAUCUAA